GAAAAUCGAUUUCGAAAUCGAAUUAUUUGCUGCGAGCCCGAGUGUGUGAGAGUGCGUAUUCUAGAGGGGGCUCUGCCACCGCCACCCGGAUAGUGAAAAGCGACGACAGCAGCAGCAGCAGGAGCGGCGACAGCGAGAGAAAGAGCUGAAAAUUUGUGUUCGGUAGAACGAGUUUAGAGCAACGCAACACGCUGUUUGCGUCAACGGAUUACCACCCGUUCGGACCAGGUAGUCGGCUAGGAACGACGAUGGAUACGGAGCACGGUGGCGAUCCCAUGGGUAUGAUCCCCGGAGGUGUCCUGGUCGUCGAGGAGGAAGGCGAUGAAGCGGUCGAGCUGCCGCUGGAGGACGACGGUACCCUGUCGCUGUCGACGCUGCAGGCCCAGUUCUACGGUGCCUGUGGGCUCAAGUACCGGAAUCCGGACAAUAAGGCCAUCCGCGGGGUGCGGUUGAACGAUAACAAGUUGCACCCGUUCUCGCCGGAGCAGGGCUGGGGUAACCACAUCUACAUCUGUGUGUUCCCCAAGGAGAACAAACGCAAGAGCGAUGACAAGCUGGAGAAUUCCACGCCCAAGACCAAGCGCAUCGAGAACCGUAACCGGACGACGACGGAUUUGAUCGUACUGGGAUUGCCUUGGAAGACGACCGAAGAAGGUCUACGUGAGUACUUUGAUACGUUCGGAGAUCUGCUGGUGGUACAGAUCAAGAAGGAUCCCAAAACGGGACAAUCCAAGGGCUACGGAUUCAUUCGGUUCGCCAAAUUUGAGUCGCAGAUGAAAGCACUGUCCAAGAGACAUCUCAUCGAUGGUCGUUGGUGCGAUGUGAAGGUUCCGAGUAGCAAGGACCAGAUGCAGCACCAGAUGCCGAGCAAGAUUUUCUUGGGUCGCGUGACGGAGGAAAUGACCUCGGACGACAUCCGGGAGUACUUCAGCAAGUACGGAGAAGUUACGGAUGUGUUCAUUCCGAAGCCGUUCCGAGCGUUCGCUUUUGUAACGUUUAUUGAUCCACAUGUGGCGCAGAGCCUGUGCGGUGAGGAUCACCUGAUCAAGGGCGCGUCCGUUUACGUAUCGACGGCUUCGCCGCGUCCGGAACACAAUCGUAACCAGCAGAAGAACCAGAUGGGAGGAAACUUUUCUAACUACGAUGAGCGUGGGCGCGGCGGAGGAUCUUCCGGAUCGGAUUACGGAAGCCAGCAGUCUCAUUCGAACAUGAAUUCGAACUAUCACCACGGAGGUGGAGGUGGUGGCGGAGUCGGUGGUGGCGGCGGCGGCGGCGGUGGAUACAACAAUCUGCCGCAGAACCAACCGAUCUGGAACUACAACGAGUACUCGCAGCAGAAUCGUCAGAACAACAGCAACAUUGACAGUAUGCCCAACCUACAGGCGCUGGGUUUAAACUCGACGGGCCCUGGCCCGAACGGAGGUGGCCAGGGAAACGCAGCGGGUCUUCAUGGGGGUCAUCACGGGUCGGCAGCGGGGAUGGGUGGGAAUCAUCUGAGUGGGGGUGGAGCAUCGAGCGGAGCGGCGGGAGCUGGUGGCAAUAGCGGUGCCCCCGGUGUCAUCGGGAACCAUGGUGGUCCAACCGGAGGGAACAUGAACCUCAAUCAGAUGCCGAUCAAUCCGGCCAUCAUCGCCGCUGCCCUCAGUCAGUGGAGCCUAAUUGGAAACCAGAUGCAUAACAAUCCGCAGGGAUCGGGUGGCCCCGGAGGACCGGGCGCACCGGGACAAAGUGGCAGCGGUGCCGGGCCGGGCAAUCCGGCUGGACCGGGUUCGGGCGGUCCCGGCUCCGGACAGGAGUAUCUACCGUGGAACGGAUCAGGUAAUGGAAAUGCCGCUGCCGGAGGUCCUACCGGAAGAGGAGAACAGAAUCGACCAUAGACACUGACCGGUUUUCCUCUUCGGCUUUGUAGUAGUUGAAAAGAAACGCUUACACAUUUAUCCCCUAGUAGAAAAAAAACUCACAGAACCAUACACACCCACACUUUAACAGUUUGAUUACAUUUCACACUCACCCAAUACACAGACAAACACACACACACACACACAGGGAGAUAGUUGAGAACGAAGGGACUUUCUUGAUUUUCUUGAAAAUGAGGAAAAUGUUUUAACUUAAUCCUAACUCUAGAACAAAAUGAAAGAGAUACAGUAUAAGCUAAGAAAGCGAGAAAGAGAGAGAGAGCGAGAGUAAGAGAGAAAGAGCGAGAGAUAGAGGACGCGUUGCAUCUCCCUUCGGAUUGUUUUUUUUUUUCGUUCGAUGCGAGAGCAAAUAGAAGUGCUAGCUUUUAAGUGGAUGAAAGUGGAUCACAAGAAUAAGGAUUGUUCCUUUUAUUUUCUCAAGCCCCGCCUUCCUUUUAACCCAAUUUCGGUUUUAAGUUUUAACUCACAUAUGCGCGCAUGUAGUUUUUUUUUUAUAAGAGUUUGGUUCCUGAGAUUGAGAGUAAAAUAUACCUUUACGAAACCGAAGAAAGCAGAAAGAGAGAUAGAGAGAGAGAUUUGUUACGAAGAAUUUAUAUUUAAUCGGUGUGUUUGAGGGUUCGAUUCCGCUGGUCGUGCGGUUGUUAAAGAAACUCUUCUUUACCGACCCGCUCGCGGCGAGGGAUGGCAACACGGUUUUCUAUUCGGUUUGAUUUUCGUUUUGGAUAUAGGCUUCUUCAGUCGUCAGCAAUGCAGGAGAAGAGAGAACGUGCGGAAGAGAGAGCUCAUUCAGGGCCCCAGUGCUGCCGGUAUAGCAGCUAAGAAAAAUCCUCGCUUUGAGUUUUCGCGGCAGCAGCAGCGGGCGAUGGUCGCUGCUAGCUGGUAUGGGCAGGAUCGUGCAGUUUGUGUUACCGACGAGCUUCGACCGUUGCUAAGCUAUGGUGGCACCUGUAGCAGCAGCUGUUGCAGCACUACCACCAACAGCAGCACUACCACCGCCAGCACCAGCAGCAGCGGCACCAUCGACGCCGGUGGCAUUCAUGAGAACUAAUGCGAGCGGUGUUCAUUGCAGGCGAUAAAGUAGAUCCUCUACUGCGAGUAAAUUAUCUUUAACCAAUAAAUAUGAACAUAAUUUCGGAUUGAUUGUUGUGAGCGUUUGUUUUUUUUUUGUUUUUUUGGAGUGUUUCGUUUGAAUUAUUUUAUCUGAUAAAAAAAGAAAGUUUCUUAUUUUGCAAGAAAGUAGAGAGGAAAACCGCACGGGAGAAUUUUCGCUAUGAGGAGCGCAGUGAAAGCUAUAUUUGAAUUACUAGACAAACAUGCAAACUACUUUUCGCAGUAGGACUUAAGCAAGGAAAUCGAAUUAAAUUCACGAUGAAUACUACUAUAUGCUAUUGAUUAUAACAAUUGAAAUGAGAGAAAAAUUACAAACUAUAUUAUAAAAAUGGAAAUAAAUGGUAAAAAGCAGAGAAUGCAUUCAGUUAAUGAUUACGAUGAUGAAGAAGAUAAAGCUGGUGGUGUACGAUGGAGUAUGAUUAUUAUUAUUAUUAUUACUACUACUACCAUAUAUUCUGCUAGUGUUACGCAUGAUGAAAACAACAAUAUGUACGCAAGUAAGCAAGCGCAAGAUUUAUGAAUGAGUUUCGCUAACAAAACAUGAAAAAUAGCAAUUUGUAAUAGGAUUGUGAGUGUGCAUUUCCCCCUCUAUUGUAGAAGAGCGCAUGCGCAAGUACGGCUGCGUCACUACCACCCUUUCCCUCCCCCCAGCAAUUAGAGAGCAAGAGAGAAGUGAAUUUCGAGAAGAAUACCUAUGAUCAAAAGUGGAGAGUAAAAAUGAAGAAAAUUAAACAAAAAACACGUAUAAAAAUUAA